UCCCAACACUUUUCAUGCCUUCCUCAAAAGAAGCAGCAAGCGAAACUGAAGUCGAGACAGAGACGGACGGGUGGAUUUGUAUUUCUUCGCGUUGAGAAACAAGCUUGGCACCAGACGAGUCGCCUCGCCGGAGACUUUUUCUCUUCAUGCCAACAACUGAGGAAAAUUUUAAGGAAAAGGACUCCCAAAAAACAAAACAAAACAAAACAAAAAAACAGGAUGACCGGGAUGUUUCGGAGUCUGGACUUGUUAGUUUUAAGUUGUCUUUUUCUAACAGUGAUAUCCGAAACAGGCAAAAUCUCACCACCACAAAAUUUUGCACUGCGGUGGAUUGAUGAUUUUACACCAGAGUUGUCCUGGAUACCACAAGAUUCAGUGAGAAAUUGCAACUAUACAGUGACAAUAAUCCCCCAGGAGGGUGCACCUAACAGAGUUACAGUUUUUACAUCUAAGUGGAGUGAUUUCACAAUAUUGGGUGGAAGAUCUCUGAAUUUUUCUGUCACAACUGAUUGCAGUGACGACAGUAGUGAACCGGCUGUUCAUAGCAUCUCUUACCCAGAGCUGGUGAAACAAUUGGACUGCUACAACUAUGCCCCCAGAAAAACUCACUGUCAGUGGAACCCAGCAAGUGAUGCUCCAGAUCUUCGGUUUUUCUAUAAGUUAAUUAAUCAGGUUGGUAGCAGCAGCGAUGAAAGUUCAGAAUUACAAGAAUGCCCAUCGUACAGCUACAGUACUACAGGUGUGAGGACUGGUUGUGAACUGCAGGCAUCCGAACGCCACGAGAUCAACAUCUUGUUUAAUGGAACAGUGAACGACAAACCUGCCCGAAACACUUUCAUUAAACUGCUUAAAGAUCACGUGAGACCACCUGCUCUUAAAUGGACAGUCGUAAAAAGUAAGGAUGCUUUCAGUAUCAGUUGGAUUGCCCCUGACAUCUUCCAACCUUCAAACUGGAAAUACAAUCUCAGAUAUACCGUGUGUAAUAAGACGGCGUGCAAUAAGCCGGAGAUUAUCGGCUUACCCAAAGAAGAGAAAACAUCAUAUCGGCUGGAACGGGACUCUCAGUGGCAGUACUGCAUAGCUAUUCAGGCAGUAGUAGAAACCAGAGGCAACGGAGCGACACCAUGGAGUGCUGACCAGUGUUUUGAGGAAGAUCUGGAUGCGUUGGUGUUCGUUGCCUUUAUCAUCCCAUGUGUGGUCGCUAUUCUGGCAGCCUUGAUGUUUGUCUGUUGUCGGAGGAAUAAGGACAAGUUCUUCCCCAGAAUAAUAACACCCGUGGACUUCAUCACCGAUAUUGACAACAACAACAAGAGCAAUCUUUACAACUUGCAAGCCCCAUCAGAGGAAGAACAGACCUGUGAAAUCACUGUUUUAGAUCCUGAAAUCAUCAGACUGGAUUGCUGAUGUUUCUGAUGCUAGCUAACGUAGGCAGCUGCUGUAUUUGUACAAACUGUGCACACACCGGUGCAGCUAAAAUACAGUGGUGGAAAAAAGUUUUCGGACACCCCAUACUUUUGUGAAAUAUUGCAUCAAGAAUCACUUAGGUGCAUUCUUCAGGUGCAAUCUCUUGUAGUACAAUCACAGCCAUAAUACUAAACAAAAUCCCCCCAAAAAGCCAUUAAAAACUUAAAAUUGAUUGGUUCCAUAAAAAUAGGAAAUUUUGAGUAUUGGGUCAUUUUGGUAGAAUUUAGUGUUUUGUAUUUGUUUGUGUCUGUCUAAUGCAGCCACACCUUUUGAAACAAAAAAAAGAUUUUUCCACCGAUAUUUCACAACAAUAUUUGAGAUCGUGUAAAAUUUUAAGGGUGUCUGCAAAGUUUUCUCCACCACUGUACGAGUUUCACAAGUCUUAGUCGCUGCUGUUCACUGUAGACAGGGUAAGUUACACUGAAUGAAAAUUCCUCGAAAGGAGAAGUCAGUGCAUUAAGUCGGCUUCAUAUUCACACCAGCAUUUCUGAAUAAUUUCCAUUUGUUAUCACCGUGUUAUUUUCAUACACAGCAGCGAACUGCAUUCAGCCAGUUGUUGAACAAGUGCAUCCAUUGCUCUGAAAGAACACAUUUUACUUGAACUUGCAUUGCACUGUUUUGCACCAGGUGCUACUUUGGUGAGACCUUUUGGACAGUAGAGCCUGAAUGGAAAUGGACAACCUUAGGCUGAGCAGUACUGUUGAAUUAGGGCAGAACUGCAUCAUCUAAACAACCAUGUAUCUCUGGAGUUGUUGAAGCAAUAUGGUUGCCCUUUUUAAAGCAUUUACCAGGCGUUAAAUGCUCAACAUUGGCUGGUCCCAGUUUAAUGGACAUUUUUAUACUUUAAUGUGUUUUAUAUGACUGUUAAUUGUCAUAAUCUGUAGUAUUUUAUCCCUGUCCUGCACAUGUCUGUCACCUAUGAUCCCAAAGAUGUCACUGCCAGUGCAAAAAAGUUAUUUUUUUAGAAAUAUAUGUAUUUUUUAUUCAGGCAUUAGUUUGCCUGUUUGAUAUCUGCCAAGGAAGUUUACAUAUUUCAGCGAGCAUUAUCCCUGUUGGUGUGUACAUAUUGUUAAAGCUAUUGUGUUUCUUAUUGCCAUCAAGUUCAUUGUCAGACAUUUCGUGUCAAGUCGUAAAAAUCUGGCAGCUUAGAGAGGACUGAAGGCCAGUAUGAACCUACUCCUCCUCUGAAAAGCCCCCUGGUCUAUGAAAAAUUCACCGAAGAGUUGUUAGGCGACAUUGUCCAUUGUUGGACAAUGGAAUAAUUGCACUUUGGCAUGAAAAACAGAGCUGCCCUGAAGGAUUACACUGAUACAGGUAGACUGCAGCAGUGGCAGAGACUAAUUAUUUAGCUUUUAAUCACGCUCUAUUUGUUCAGUAGGGAUUUAGAAAGACUGAUAAUGUCAACCUCCACUAGAAAGUCAAUAUUGGUGCACUUCAUGGAUUACAGGAUUGAGAAACAUCUUACUGGUCUUUCACUAACUAGAUCUUGUCUGUGAAGAUAAAAGAAGGAUUAAAAAUACAAAGACUGAGCAUUCAGCCACCUUGAUAAGCUUAUGGUGCUGGUCAUGUUCUGACCCAGAAUGCUUUAAAUGGUGACCAGGUGAAGAUAUUUUACAUGGAUGCUUAUCUUCUCUGGUUUUCCAUCAUUUUUUACCUGCUAGACCACCAAAAACCUACUAACAAGCUUACAAGGAUGCUAAGCUUGGGAGACUAUAUCCCACAAUUGUGACUCGAAGUAUGUACUUUACGUAGUUCAUUGUCUGAAGCAGCUCAAGGCCUAAUAGAAAUAUGAUUCUCCGUACAUCUUCCAGCAAAAUGCAGCCGAAAUGGACACUUUUUGGCUCAAGAACAGCAAAUUUUGACAAAAACUGCGCUGGAAUGCACUGCUUAAUUCACUGAUUUUUGUUGUGCAAACUCAAGCUUAAACCCACAUUUAUGGUUGAAAUUCUCCACUGAUUUCUUUUUAUUCCUGCUUCUGGAGCAGCCCUGAGAAGUUUGAAGGGCUCAACAUUACAUUUGCUCUCUUAAUAGCACAUAAAAAGACAGCUCGAAUGAAUGUACAGAGUUUGAGGACAUCCUGUUUAGCGGAUAUCCCAAACUGAAGCCUCUUUAACAAAAAGGCUGCUGAAGGCUGUGAAUGUAAGAAGAAUUCCUGCACUUCUCUAAAAACACAGAUGUAUCUAUAUUGAUACCGUAGUGCAUGAAAUAGUUUCCAGUUUGUGCUUCUGGUGGUUAACGCUGGAUGCUACUCAUGAAUGGCUGCUCUAUGCUAAUUUUUUCUAUGUAAAUUUGCAGAUGUCAUUUCUGUGCAGAAAAACAUUGGUUAGUAUUCUUGCAUGAAGAUUGGAAAUAGUCAAACGGAAGAAGAAGAAGUUUGUAUUUUUCACUGCCACAUUGCAGCAGAGUCAAUUUUUUUCUUCUUUGCAUAACCCAGUUUUCUGGUGAAGCGCAGGUCAGCAGACUUGCUCAAGGGCCCAACAGAGGCUUGUACCCCCCAACAGAGGCUUGUACCCCCCAACAGAGGCUUGUACCCCCCAACAGAGGCUUGUACCCCGCAACAGAGGCUUGUACCCCCCAACAGAGGCUUGUACCCCCCAACGGAGGCUUGUACCCCCCAACAGAGGCUUGUACCCCCAACCUUGUGAUCAGAGCCACAGCUAAAUGUCGAAAAGUCUCCCUAGCAGCAUCUCUAAAGCCCUUUAAUUGAUGUGUACAAGUCUCUACUGCUAAAUCUUUGCAAAAACUCACCUCUCAUUGUUAACUAACUGCCUGCUGAUGCAUAAACUCUCAACAAAGAAGUGGAAGUAUAUUACACAUGAUGUUCACGCAAUAGUUCUUUUUUACUCUAUGUAAAUAAAAAAUGUACAAUCUGCUUUUUAAAAAUAAAUUGUGUUUUAUGUAGUUUUGUAAAUGUAUCGUACAUUAUAACGAGUAUAUAAAUCACAAAGGUUUCCUAAGUAUUUUCUGCAUUAAAGAUUUGCUUCAUG